AUGGCUACGAUUCUCAGCUGCAAAACGGUGGACACCCUUCAGGCUGUGGAUGUCGAGAUAAUUCCAAACGCGAAAUGUGCCAAACUAUACGAUAGCACCGUGAACCUGGAAGACUCCAUGAUUUGUGCUGAUUUGGGAAAAGGGAAGGAUUCCUGUGAUGGUGACUCGGGUGGCCCUCUUCUUGUAAACGACGUGGUCAUGGGUUUUUC